AUGGAGCGGGUGGAGGGAGAGAGUCUCUCCUCACGAUGGUCAUCGCUCACAACUGACGAGCUGAAGGACGUCAUGACACAAAUCGCUGAUCUGGACCUUGACGGGGAAACCCAGAUACCAACCAUGGGGGAUUUUGUUAUCGGCCCUGUGUCUGCCCGGCAGUUUCGGCAUGGCGAACGAGAGAAAAUGGAGAGUGGCCGUGGGCCCUGGCUUUCACCCGUGGAUUGUGUUACCUCUCCGACUCGCAGAGAGAUGGCUGUCAUUCAGCAUCACGCCAAAGCUCAGCCUCGCCAGACAUUCCUUCUACCAACCAACUACGAUAUUCACCCCUCCGAGCACAGCUCGUUACUUUCACGGUUCAUACAGUUGGCGCCUUAUUUAAUCCAACCGGGUUCUUCCAGCGCUCUGGCUCCGACACUAAGACACCCCGAUUUGAGUCUGGGUAACAUUUUACUGGCACCUGGAUCCACCAGAAUUGCUAGUAUCAUCGAUUGGCAGGAUGCCGUGAUAUACCCGCGCUACAUGCAAGCAGGUUAUUUCGCGUUUUGUGAGCAAGUCUCCUCGCGGCCUCAAAGUCUGCAGAUUCCAUCUCUCCCUGAUCAUUUCAACGAGAUGAGUGUUGAUAAACAGAGCUGUUUUUCGCCUAGAAGAGGCCAACCUCUAUUACACGGCCGCGACAGGUGUAAAUCCAUGAGCAACACCUGGAUGUUUUGA